UAAUUAUUUAUAAAUGAAUCAAAAUUAUGAUAAUGACACUAUAAUAAUAUUUGUUAAGUCUGCAAGCAUGUUGAUGUUAUUCCUAAUCAUUUUAUUUACAGGUAAUCUUCCAUACAAAUCAAAGACUUUUAGGGAAAACAAAGUAUAAAUCCAUAUUAUAUUUUUAGCCAUUGUUGUCUAUAUCUCAAGCUUUCUCAGGAGGAUUAUUUUUAUCUGUUGCUCUUUUGCAUUUAUUGCCUGAAUCACAAGAAAAAUAUGAAUAAUCCCUCAAUUUUGAUCAAAAUUCAGAAAAAGAAAUAUUUCCAUUUCCAUUUCUAAUAACCAUUCUAAGCUUUGCAUUAAUUUUAUUUAUUGAAAAGAUUGUGACAAAUCAUAAACACUAACAUUCAGAUGUAUCAAAAGUAUUAUUAAAAUCAGCAUAUUGAUGUACAACCUUCUUAAAAUGUUGAAUUUAUAAUGAAAUCAGAUGAGAGUGUCUGUUGUAGUUAGAUUGGAGCAUGUUGUAAUCAAGUUGAAAGUUAGGCUUAAGAAGAUUUACUAAGAAAAGCAAUAUCCUCUUAAGUAAAGAUGGCAUAAAGAGUAGGAUUUAAUGAAAUAUAAAAAAAAACUAAAAAUAAAAAAGCUAAAUCUUCUAAUCUAACUCCUUAUUUAUUGCAAUUAGCUGUAGGAAUUCAUGCAAUCUUCGAAGGACUAGCUAUAGGAAUAGAAUCAAAUCUUAGUAGAUGCAUUGGUAUUGCAUUAGCUGUAUUUUGUCAUAAAUGGGUAAAUAUUAUUUAAAUUUGAAUAAGGCUGAAGGUCUAACUCUAGGAUUGACAUUUAAAAAAGCUAAAGUUCCUCAUUCGAAAGCCAAGAAGCUUAUUGUACUAUAAGCUUUGAUGAAUCCUUUAGGAAUUUCUAUAGGGUGGAUUUUAUCAUCAAAUAGAGUUAUUAUAGUGAGUAUCUUUUAUGCAAUAUCUGCUGGAACAUUUUUAUAUAUUUCUACAAUUGAAGUGAUUGUAGAAGAGUUCAAUGUAGCUAGAUACAAACUCCUUAAAUUCUUAGCAUUUUUAAUAGCUAUCGGAUUUAUUAGUUCAAUUUGGCUAUUGGAGCAGAUUGAUUUUUGAGGAUACUAAUUUAUGGUAUAAAUAAUUCAAUUCGUG